AAAUAAAAUCGGAGCACAUUUUGUUGAUAUAUAUAUUAUAAAUAUAAUGAUGCAUUAUAGUAGAAAAAUAGUAUCUUUAUUUAUGAUGGUGAAUUCUAGUCUUGUGUUACUUAUAUUGGCUGUUAUUUGGGCGGCAUUUCCUGCAAAAAUGGCGUUGCACCACCGUGCACCACCACUAGGAUCAACCGUUCCUCAGCAGGUGCAUAUUUCAAUGGUGGGAAAUGAUCGAAUGAGAAUAUCAUGGAUCACUCAAGAUCCAGCUCCUUCUAUAAUAGAGUAUGGUUUGUCAUCAACAACAUAUGAUACUACAAAUAAUGGAAGUUCUACAACUUAUAAGUAUGUCUUGUACAAAUCGGGCCAAAUUCAUGAGGUAGUCAUUGGGCCUCUUAAGCCCAAUACUAUUUAUUACUACCGUUGUGGUGGAGAUACUUCUCGUGAGUUCACUUUCAAGACUACACCAUCUCAAUUGCCCAUUAAAUUUGCUGUCAUAGGUGAUUUAGGUCAAACAAAUUGGACGAAUUCAACACUCGAACAUAUCCCACAAGCCAACUAUGACAUGUUGUUACUACCAGGAGACUUGUCCUAUGCGGAUUAUUGGCAGCCGAGUUGGGACUCAUUUGGUCGCCUUGUAGAACCCUUGGCUAGCCGAAGGCCUUGGAUGGUGACUCAAGGGAACCAUGAGGUUGAAAAGAUACCGAUCGUUCAUAAUACACCGUUUACUUCUUACAAUGCUCGAUGGCACAUGCCUUUCGAGGAGAGUGGUUCUCAAUCUAACCUAUAUUACUCCUUCGAUGUGGCUAGUCAAGUUCACGUCAUUAUGCUUGGUUCCUACACCGACUUUAGCCUAGGCUCAAGCCAGUAUAGUUGGCUCGAGCGUGAUCUAAAGAAGAUUGAUAGGGCGAAGACUCCAUGGGUUGUGGUCGUAUUCCAUGCACCUUGGUACAAUUCUAACAUAGCUCAUGUAGGCGAGUUUGAAUCCAUCGGUAUGAAACAAUCCAUGGAGAAAUUAUUGUUUGACGCAAAAGUUGAUGUGAUUUUUACUGGCCAUGUCCAUGCUUAUGAACGUUUCACUCGAGUAUAUGAUGGAAAACCUAACAAGUGUGGCGCUGUACAUAUCACCAUUGGGGACGGAGGCAAUCGUGAAGGCCUAGCUACAAGUUUUGUCGAUCCAAAACCAGAGAUCUCUAUAUUUAGAGAAGCAAGUUUUGGGCAUGGACAAUUUGAAGUUGUAAACUCAACUCAUGCUCAAUGGACAUGGCACAAGAAUGUAGAUGAUAUAUCUGUAGCAGGGGAUUCAGUUUGGUUAACUACCCUUAUUUCUGAUCCAGAUUGUAAGCCACAAUACUUGGACUAGGCCAAGCAUUCUGGACAAUUAUGUUA